AUGUUUUGCUUCUCACCACCCUCCCGAUUUUUUCUCGUCACCCUCUCGAUUUCUUGCUUCUCACCACCCUCCCAAUUUCUCUUCACCACCCUCCCGAUUUCUUCUCGUCACCCUCUCGAUUUCUUGCUUCUCACCACCCCUCUCGAUGUCUUACUUCUCACCACCCUCCCGAUUUCUCCUCACCACCCUCCCGAUUUCUCCUCGCCACUCUCCCGAUUUCUUACUUCUCGCCAUCCUCCCGAUUUCUUAAUUCUCGCCACCAUCCUGAUUUCUCCUCACCACCCUCCCGAUUUCUCCUCGCCACUCUCCCGAUUUCUUACUUCUCGCCAUCCUCCCGAUUUCUUAAUUCUCGCCACCAUCCCGAUUUCUCCUCACCACCCUCCCGAUUUCUCCUCGCCACUCUCCCGAUUUCUUACUUCUCGCCACCCUCCCGAUUUCUUACUUCUCGCUACCAUCCCGAUUUCUUGCUUCUCGCCCCCCUCCCGAUUUCGUGAUUCUCACCACCCUCCCGAUUUCUCCUCGCCACCCUCCCGAUGUCUUGCCUCUCGCCACCCUCCCGACUUUUUGCUUCCCUGCCACGUUUAA